AUGCAUCUCGGUUGGAUUGAUUAUGGAGUAUUGACUCUACUUUUAAGUUUUUCGGUAUGUAUUGGAAUUUAUCAAGGUUGUUUUCGAUCGAAACAAUUAACGACAAAUGAAUUUCUUAUUGCUGAUGGGAGAAUGAGAAUUUUACCAACUGCGAUGAGUUUAUUGGCAAGUCUUAUGUCUGCUGCAACUCUACUUGGAAUUCCACUAGAAGUUUAUUCAUAUGGUACAAUUUAUAUUUAUUGGAUUUUCGCAUAUUUUAUUGGUACUUAUUUAACAGUAAAUCUAUUCAUUCCAAUGUUUCGUCAGAUAGGAAAUUUAAGUAUUUAUGCGUAUCUUGAACAACGCUUUUCAUUAACAGUUCGUAUUGUUAUAACACUUAGUUACAUAUUCGUAACGAUUUUUUACAUAGCAGUUAUUUUAUAUGGACCAAGUUUAGCAUUAAGUCAAGUAACAGGUUUACAUAUAUGGUUAGCAGUUUUAUCAUGUGGAAUUAUUUGUACAAUCUAUACAAGUAUUGGUGGUAUGAAAGCAGUCAUAUGGACAGAUGUUACACAAACAGUAAUGAUGUUUCUUGGAGUUAUUUUAUCAAUUGUUAUUGGUUUUUAUGAUGCGGGUGGAAUAAAAAAUGUAUUCGAAAAUGUAAUAAAUGGAAAUCGAAUACAAUUAUCUACAAUUACAUUAGAUCCAUCAAUUCGAUAUACUGUUUGGAGUAUUAUUAUUGGUGGCGGUUUAAAUGCUACAGCUGUAUAUUCUUGUUUACAAACUCAAGCACAACGUUAUUUAUGUGUAAAAAAUACACGAUCUGCACAAAAAGUUGCUUGGACUAAUUUUAUUAUGUGUGCAAUAAUGCUUUUUCUUUGUGUAUCUGUUGGGUGUCUUCUCUAUGCAAAAUAUAGUCAAUGUGAUCCACUUCGAGCUAAGAUGAUAACUAAACCUGAUCAACUUUAUCCAUUAUUUGUUAUUGAAACUUUGGGUCGAUAUCCUGGUUUAACAGGUUUAUUUAUUGCUUCCAUUUUAAGUGCUUCACUAAGUACAGUAUCUAGUGGAGUUAAUAGUAUUGCAACUGUUCUUCUCGAAGAUAUCUACAAAAGAAUAUCCAAAGAAGACGCCAUAUCGGAUAAAAAACAAGCUAUAAUUUCAAAGAUAUUAUCUGUUUUUAUUGGUCUUCUAGUUAUAUUUUUGGCUUUUAUUGUGUCUUAUUUAGGUGAUAAUAUUAUAGUGAGUAUUCUGUUUGGUUUUAUUUUUUGUUUAAUAAUUCAAACAUGGAUACUUCUUGGUGCAACUUUAACAGUUAAACCAUCAAUAGGAAAAGGUGGACGAUUAUAUACAUCUAUAAAAGGAUGUUCAUCAUCGUUCAACACUAGUCAAUCAAUUACAACAAAUCAAAGUUCAAAUCCUUUCUUACCACUUUAUUCCAUAUCUGUUAUGUGGUAUUCUCUUAAUGCUGUUGUUAUCGUCGUUAUUGUUAGUUUAUUAGGAUCAUUUAUUUUUGGUUCAAAUGAUGUCAAAAUGAUCGAUAAAAAAUUGCUAUUAUCAUGGAAAGAUGUAUUUUCAAUUUUCUGGAAAAAUAAUAUACCUCAAACACGGGAAACAAAUGAACUGGAAACAAUCGAAGAAGAACCUAUGCUUUAG